AUGGUGAAACUAACACCGGAGCUCGUCAAUCAGUCCAUGCAAUAUAUAAAUCCAUGCCGGGAACGGGAAUUGGAUUUGCGCGGUUACAAAAUUCCACAGAUCGAGAAUUUAGGAGCCACAUUAGAUCAAUUUGAUACAAUAGAUCUGUCUGACAAUGAUUUGCGUAAAUUGGAUGGUAUACCAUUUUUGCCGCGUCUGAAAUGUCUACUACUUAAUAAUAAUCGUAUCCUGCGUAUUGGCGAAGGCUUACAUGAAGCAGUGCCCAAUUUAAGUUCAGUUAUCCUAACUGGAAAUAAUUUACAAGAAUUGAGUGAUUUAGAGCCACUUGCUUUGCUACCUCGUCUUGAAACGCUAUGCUUACUUGUAAAUCCUGUUUCAACAAAGCCAUAUUACCGAGAGUACAUGGCUUUCAAAUUUCCUCAACUGCGUUUAUUAGAUUUUAGAAAGAUCAAGCGGAAGGAUCGCAUCGAAGCUCAAGAAUAUUUCCGUACCAAACAAGGUAAAGAUAUGUUGAAAGAAGUAGCAAAGAAAUCGAAGUUAAACGCCUCAGUAGCAGCCGCAGAAGCGAGCGGCAAGUCUGGUGUAAAUGUAGCUGCAAGAACUGCCAAUCCAGAAGACUUGCAACGCAUAAGAGAUGCGAUAAAAAGAGCAAACUCACUACAAGAAGUGGAACGGCUGUCACGUAUACUACAAAGUGGACAACUGCCCGAAAACUUUGAACUGGAAUUGAGUCAAAACGGUGCGACGCAAAAUGGUAACGGGACUGGCGAUAGUAGUAGUGUCGAAACUAUGGAUUAUUAGUUAAGCAUUGCUCAUAGUUGAUUUAAAAUAAUUUUUUCUUUACAAUUUUAUGAAGAUUUGUAAUAAAAAAUGAAUUAAAGGCAAAAACAUGUUUUAAGAACUAACGGUA